UCGCUCCCUCUGACGUCAGAAGCGACUGAGAAAGUCCACCUUGAGUUGAGUUGGCGAUGAAUAGGCCCGCCAGCAGAUGGCACUGCUGCAGCGUGACACGCGCUCAGCUCAGUUUUCUGGUUCCAUCGCAUCGAGAGGCGUCUGUCGGGUUGUUGACGCUGAACCUUCAUGGAAGCUCCACACGCGUUCAAACUGGACUACAAAAGCAAGGGCCUUGUAAAAGUCACAGUCUGCAGUCCUGACUCCACCUGCAGCGCUUGUGUUGCGCCGAACUCCGUCAGAAGCUUGGUUCACUCAAGCAGGAAACUGAACAUGAAACAAACCUCUCAUGGUUUCUAUUGCGUCUCGAGGCCGGCGGUUCUGCAGACUUCCUCCUGAUGCAGCGAAUGGAAAAACACUCAUCAGUCGAGUGCAGACGUGAGAGCCAACAUCAGCGUGUGUGGGGGUCCGGUCCAGUGCAGGCAACAGAACUUCACGAUGGCCUGCAGAGGAGCUCUAUUUCUGGGCUCCCUGCUGUUCCUGGUGCAACAGGGACAGAGCCUCGUGCACACUGAAGCGCAGGCCGGUCCUCUGUACCGCGUGGUCGGCUCGCCGCUCGCCCUCUCCUGCAGAACCACCGGCUUUGUCAACAACCACACCACCAAAGUCUUUGAGUUCCGCGUCCAGAAACCAGACAAGCCCAAUUUUGAGCACAACAUCAUCAAAACCAGCGAGCUGGACUUCUCCUACAGCGCGUACAGGCGGCGGGUUGAGCAACAGGAGAUCACGCUGACCCACACCACACCUAACUCGGUUUUGUUUGAGAUCAAAAGUCUGCAGAAACAGGACGAAGGCGUGUACGAGUGCAGUGUGGUGGACUCCGAGUUUGGCCACUACGGGACCUACAACGCCAAGACCUCCGUUAAAGUGAUCGACGACUCGCUCAGCGUGGCUGCGCUCACCCCCUCGCUGAGCCAGCGCGAGGGCGACGCGCUGGCGCUGACAUGCCAGGCCUCCAGCGACACUGUGCAGCACACCCACCUGUCUCUGACCUGGUUCCUCCACAGAGACUCGGAGGAGAGCGCACAGCCCAUCAUGACUCUGGACAGAGACUUCACACUGCGGCCCGGCGAAGGCUUCCAGAGCCGCUACAAGGCCGGGCUCGUACGGCUGGACAAGGAGGGCGAGGCCUCCUUCAACCUGGCGCUGGCUCGGCUUGAGCUGUCGGAUCAGGGCCGGAUCUUCUGCCAGGCUCGGGAGUGGAUCCAAGAUCCGGAUCGCUCCUGGUACCCCAUCGCACAGAAGGCUACUCAAGGGAGCAGAGUGAAUGUCACAGCGCGAGCGGCGGGGGCAGACACGGCGGCUCUGGCGGUGAGACUGAGUGUCCAGCGGACUGCUCUCCACGAAGGCCAGCCGCUCACCUUGAGCUGCGACGUGGACUCCCAGAACCUGGAGGAGAAGUUGGUGGCCGUCGCUUGGCUCAGAGACGCCGCGGUGCUUGCUGAGAUGGGCCCGACGGGAAUUCUGUCCGUUUCCACGGAGUCCAGAAGCCGCGCGAAAGACGGGAGUCUCGGAGCCAGCAGGGUCGGGGUGAGAGACUACCAGCUGGUCCUGACGUCCGUGAGAUGAGAAGACCAGGGGGAGUACAGGUGCAGAGCCUGGCUCGCCCUCACUCCCCUGGCACCGGGAACACCGCAAGACUCAGAACCCGUCCGAAUCACCGUCAGCACCACAGAGAGCCGACUGUCGGUGCAACUGCUGGCUCCCACAAGCGUCAAUGAAGGUGACACGCUGAAGCUAACCUGCCACGUUCAGGGAGUCAGCGGGCAGCUGGCCGUCACCUGGAAACGCCAGCGACCUUCGUCAGCCACAGAUGACAUCAUCAGCCUGAGCGAGGAAGGGGUUGUGGAGAAAGCGCCGAGCUUUGUGAAGCGCCUGGUGGCGGCUUCGAGGCCGGCGUCGGACGUCUUUGUGCUGGAGCUGGACGCGGUCACGCCGGCUGAUUCCGGCGAGUAUAUCUGCGCCGUGUUCGAGCGGACCACCAGCGAGAAGAGCAGCAGCCAAUCACAGCAGGCCGCGGUCGCAGUUCGCUCGACAGAUUCUCUGGUGCGAGUGAACCUGUUGAGUCGGCAGACCGCGGUCACCGUGGGCGACAGCAUGGAGUUGCUCUGCAUCGUCACAGGACCUCAGCUGCCGCUGACCGUGACCUGGAUCCUGCAGCAUGAGGGUGUGAUAGACGACAUCCUGCGGCUGCACUCGGACGGCUCCAUCAGCUGGUCGGCCCAGCAGCACCUGUACCAGCUGAAGGUUGAGAACCAGGGAGCUCGAAAGAUCUAUUACCUGCUGGUGAACAGCGUGAGCCUGAGGCAGGCCGGGAGUUACCAGUGCCAGGUGUCGGCCUUCCAGGACAACGUUCACAAGAAGCUCAACACGUCCAACUCUGUGACCGUCGCCGUGAGGAAUCCAGAGAGCCGACUCUCGGUGAGCUCCGCUCCGGAACUGACUGCCGACAUGGAUUCUGAGGUCCGGCUGGACUGCUCGGUCGCCUCGGUGACUUCUCCAUCCGCUCGCUACGCCGUCAGAUGGACCCUCCAGCGGACGUCCGGGAUUGUGUCCAUCAUGAGUUGGGACCAGGACUCGGUGUCGUCCGAGGCUGACGGCAGGAUCAGCAUGAGGCGCGCCCCAGGCCCCAGUUUCCAGCUGACCAUUCGAGGAGUCAGGCGCCGCGAUGCCGGGCAGUACCGGUGUGACGUGGAGGAGUGGCUGCAGGAUCCCAGAGGGGAAUGGUUCCGACUCUCAGCGGCGUCCACCGUCACCAACCUGUCGCUCUCAGAAGCAGCCAGCGACCUUCGCGUCAGUCCCACCAGGCAGCAGGUGGAGGCUGUGGAAGGAGAGGAGGUGGUCUUGACCUGCGUCCUGGACUCGCUCGCACCAGGGACCUCCAUCUUCUACAACCUCAGCUGGCUCUACCACGCGGCCCUGCUGGCACGGCUGGAUCACACAGGUCUUCUGUGGUACCCCAACACCUCGGAGCUCCACGGCCUGCAGGGGAGGCUGCAGCUCUCCCGGCCCACUGAACACAACUUCAGCCUGAGGAUUCAGCCGGUCAAAGUCGAGGACAGCGGGACCUUCUGGUGUGGCGUGGAGCCGUACCAGCUGGGCCGAGACGGCGGAUGGCAGCAGACAGCACCUGCUGCCGCCGGCUCCAUCGCUCUCUCCGUCUCAGCUGCCCAGGUGCAGCCUGGCUCCAACACGGGCCUCUGGAUGGGAGUCCUGGUCGGCAUCAUCGCCCUGCUGCUGCUGGCGCUCGCCCUGCUGCUGGUGAAGAGCUGCCGCAGCAAACCUGCGCCCAAGAAGACGGCGGAAUCUCUGUGGGCAGAAGGGCAGAAGCUGAAGGAGUGAUGGGACCGUCCUUCUCCAGCCUCAGCCUGCCGCAGCACCUGCCGAUGCAGGACCUUCACCAGUCAGGUGACUCGGUCUCAGCCGCCAUCGCCUCGACCUUCGUCUCUGCUCGCUCCAUCCUUCGCCCCGCUCAUCUCCACGCUUCUUUCCCUUCCAUGCUCUGUGAUUUUCAGUGACACUUUUCAAAUUAAACUCUAGAAAGCUUCAUCUCCAUCAUUUGUCUGAGCUCAGCAGCAGGAGGAGGCCACAGAGCUUCAGGUGCUGCUGGCCCCACAGGAAGCUUGGUGGCAGCUCAGCUGCUGCGGCCAGGAGGAAUCAGGCAGGAAGUGAGCUGAGUUGCCAAAGCGGCUCAUGACGUCUGUGUGGUCUGCUCCGGCGCUGAGACGUGACCCACACAAGACUUUUAGAGAAGAGUUUUUCUGUGUCAUGCACGCCAUCUGAAGGGGAACGUCUCCGGGAGGACUGAGGCGGGGUGAGCGGUGGUGAGCCGCGUGUGGUCAGAACAACUUUCUAUACUGUAGCCAUUAGUGACUUUAAGGACUUGAGGGUCUGUGCUUUGAAUCGGUGGAGUAAACAGAUCUGUCACGGAACCAGGAAGUGCUGGACCCAAAUGCUUGUAGUGUACAGUGUAUAUAUUUAUUAACCAGGACCCAAAUAAAACAAAGACGGAGGAGGAGGAACCAAGUGUGUGACUGAACCAGGAGAGAGAACAAGAACCAGCGACCGAGGAGAACAACCUGAAACAAACAGGAAGUUAGCAACAAACACAGAAAAAGGAGAAGAGAAACCUCAGCGGAACUAAACACACCACACAACAACGAAGAGUGAACAGAAUCAUGUGGUGGAAAAACUCUCAGAGAAUGAGGGUCAGAAGGAGCGUGGAGGGUGAAAACCACACUCUUGGUGAGAAGCUCAAGCACCAGAGAAAACAAGGGGAUGGAGAGAGAUCACUUCUCCAGCGCAGGAGCGUGGAGGAGCUGAGGCCACCAACUGGAGCCAGGAAGCUUCUGAAGGCUCACAGCUGCUGAGGUGAUGCGGGGACUGGCUCCAGCUGGGCCUCAUCACCCGGCAGAGGACCGCAGGUGGACCCCCAGAAACAGCAGGUCCAGGGGCUGGUCUGAAGCCGGGAGCGAGCAAAGAGCCCCGCCCACUAACCUCGUAUCCCUGAAUCAACUCCAUCAAUCUUUCACAGCCCAUCUGUUUUUUCGGCAAAGAAAACAAGUGGAUUCUGUGUCUGGGCGGUUCAGCGAGGCGUCUUGACGCCGGAGAGCUCCCGGGCAGGGAGGAGCGUGAGUCGGGGGAGACGUGGAAGUCCAGUCGCCUCGCUCACCACCAGCACCAGGACCGUUCUCAGCCUCAUAGUCUGUCACUGCUGCAACAUUUAUGGCCCCGAAAGCUCCACACCAUCUGCUGGGUUUCACUUCCAGACACCCAAAAUAGAUCAGCAGUGAUCGGCCUCCAGGGCUCCUCAUCGCGCUCGUGACGUGGGCACCAGACUUCAACAACUCGGAUGAGAAGAACCUGCGCGCAGCAACACAGCUCCACCACAAACAUCCUGUACAGACAGACAGGAAACUUCUGCGGUCCAGUCUCUGACGCGCGGAACCUUGUGCUGCAGCACACCAGCUCCACCAGCAGGGGAACAGGUGGAAGUGCUGCUCUUGAAUCAGAGAGGGGGGGAGAAAUGUUUUGGGAGCAGUCACCACCUCAGUGUGCCUCCUCUCCUGAGGGACCUCGCUCGCACCACUUCAGUAGAUGUCGGUGAAGACACGGCCAUUCUGGAUCAGUCGCUUUUCAUUGAUCUAAAGUGGCCUUUUUGACACACAGGUGCAUGUUAAAUAUCUUUCUUGAACGUUUUCCAUCCAAGUGCUGUCAGGGUUACUGCGGUGUGACGCCUCACCUGACUUGUCAUUGUCUGAGACUUCACGGAUCCUGAAGUGCUCAGACUCUGUGGUCGACUCACAGAGUGGCAGCAGGACUGACCAAUCACAGCAAGUUGAGAGUGGGCGGGGCCUUCAUGAAGUCCAAGUCCGUCGAAUGGCUCCCACCUGCCGCGGGGUGAUGAUGUCACAUCCGGCCGCGGCGAGCGUUUUGUUGAGUCAGAGAAACAUGAGCGUGCGUCUCUCCCAGGGCAGGUGCAGCGGUGCCACAGGCGGUUUUGUUUGCCACCUAUCCUUGGGGUCCUCACUGGUGAUGACUCGUCCUUGUCCCGAUCCGCUGGUGCGUGUCGGCGCUGAAGACUCGGAGGCUCCACAGCCAAGCUCUCUGCUGCAGGAGAGGCUAACGUGUCCUUGCAGGAGACGACGACACGAGAGUGGAGAACACUGUCGCCUUCUGCUGCAGGAGUCUCCAACCCUCUUCUGCCCUGAUUCAGCGACCUUUUCACUCCAGCUGAGACUCUGACUUGCCCUGUCACUGACUUCUAGAGGGAGCUGUCCUCUCCAACAUUGGCAGAAUCACCACAAAAGCUAAAGCUCUAUUUCCCACUGGGGCUCAGUUGCGUUUGGGCUCCUGAUGCCGACUCUGCUCUGGAAAACGGAGCUGAGGAGAGGAAACCCGUCCACGAGUCACUCGAGUCAGGACCCAGGCCGGUCAAGGGUCAGUCACCAAAGACCAAAGUCUUUUCUGGUCUCAUCUGUGAGCAAGUCCAGCUCCAGGUCCAACUCAGCCCAUGGAGUCACUCUGUUUUCGUCUCAUUCUCACUUUCCCGAAUCCGUUUCAGACUUCUGUCUUCAACAAGUCCAAUCCAACGUCCUGGUUUGUGACUGUGUAGUGGACUUCUUUGUUGAGGGAGUCUGUCUCUGGUCCUUUCCUGAUUCACUGGGUCGAGUGACACUGUGUUCUCUGACUGAAGAGGAGUCAGUCCUCACCAGAGGACCUGGGUCAAGGUCGGCUCCAGACCCUGACCUCCAGUUCAGAGGAGCUGGAGUUGAUCCUGGAGUUCUGGAGGCUGUGACAGAAGGGGAUCAGUCACCAGGGGUGGAGCAGCACAUCUGAGCCUGGGGGAGAGGACAAGAAGAAGAAGAAGAAGAAACCUCCAUCCACUGCCCCCUGCUGGGUGCAGUGAGAACUGAAGCAAUUGGGCACAGCAGAG